GCAAUCAUUGCCAAUAUCUAUAUUUGGACAUCCGCAUCAUCAUAGCCUUUGAUCGAGCGGCCAUAUUUUAACCGGAUCUUAAUCGGUAUCUUUACUGCGUGAUUUACGCUUAUUCUGUCGCUAGAACUGUGCUUUAUUCUUGAGAAAUAUGAGUUCUAAACUUGCUCGAAAAGAUUCUGUGGUUACUUGUGUUGUUUGCUGCGAGGACGUUGAGUAUUUCGCCAUUGGAGCAUGUGACCAUCCAGUGUGCCACAAGUGUUGUAUUCGAAUGCGUGUGUUGGGAAAGGAAACCUAUUGUCCUGUUUGCCGGAGUGAUUUGCCAGAGGUAUUUAUGGCCAAAGAUAACACCACCUAUGUUAAACUUGCUGCCAGAAAGAGUUCCUUUGUGGUUGAUAAGAGGCAGCAUAUUUUUUACCAGCGGAAAGAGAUCCAAAUGAGGGUAAAAGAACUCCUGGAGCAUCGUUGCCAGCUCUGCCCAGAUCGCCCACCAGACAGAUGCUUUGAUCGUCUUCGUGACCACAUGAAGAGAGAACAUGAAAAGUUCUUUUGUGAUCUUUGUGUUGCCCAUUUACAGAAAUUCAGCUGUGAGUUGAAAGUGUACACUCGUCCGGAACUGGCACGACACCGCAGAAUUGGUGAUGCAGAUGACAAAUCGCACAAGGGGCAUCCUUUGUGUGAAUUUUGUGACCACCGUUAUCUAGACAAUGAUGAACUACACAAGCACUUGCGCAAGGAUCAUUUUUGGUGUCACUUCUGUGAGCGGGAUGGCAGUCAAGAUUACUAUCCUAAUUAUGAAUAUCUCAGGGUCCACUUCCGUGAUUUUCACUUCCUUUGUGAGGAAGAUGACUGUGUCCAUGAGCAGUUCACCUCUGUCUUUCGCACGAAGGUUGAUCUUCAAGCCCAUCGUGCGGCAAAGCACUCAGGAAACUUAACUAAAGCCCAGGCUCGCCAAGCUAGGCAACUAGAUAUUGACAUCACAUUUGCACCUCGUCCUAGUUCGCAGACAAAUCAAGGUUCAGUUGUUACAGGCAGGGAUUUCAUGGAAGUGAGAGCCUCAGACCAACGGAAGGGAAAGAGAGAAAAAGGAGGGAAUAGAAAGGAUACAGCUAACAGGAAAGAAGCUCUAGAUCUGCAAACUGCAAUGGCUCGUUCAUUAAGUGGAUCAUCACAAGACCCUUCUCAGCUGCCUUCACCAUCGGCUAAACCACAAGACCCCAAAAAAUACAAACCUGAGGAAAGCAAAACUACUGGAGAGCCAGUUGCUAAAAGCACAGAGGAACUUGGACAAUUUCCUGCCUUACUUGGUUCUCUGGAGGUUAAAAGUGUGGGUGAGGUGGCCAAGGAUAGCAAGAAACCCAGUAAACCUAGUAUAUAUGGUAAAGCUGCCAGUGCUGCACAGUUGCACUCUGCUGAUGAGUUUCCCACUUUGGCUGCCUCUGCACAAGUACCAGAGCAAUCACCAGCUAUACCUCCUGGGUUUGCUACAGCAGCUCGGCAACCAUCAUUAGCUGGUUCACAGCAGACUUAUCGUGCUAAGCCACCUCCAGGUUUUCAGACACCUAUGUUGGCAAAAGAAAAGGUUAAGGAAAAUGUGGCACCCUUACAGGAGGGGCCAGCACCUAAACCCGAGGUGAAAAUGAACAGUGUUCAAGAGAGAAAUCAAGCGCUAGUUGAUAAAAUAAGAGGUUUACUGGGAAACGAUAAGUCUAAAUUUGGUGAGUUUAAGGCAUUGUCUGGGAAGUUUCGGCAAAAUGCUUGUACUGCUACAGAAUAUUAUGCCCACUGUUGUGAACUCUUUGGGUCAAAUUUCUCACAAGUUUUUUCAGAACUUGUUGAUUUAUUGCCUGACCCAGAAAGAAAAAAAGAACUGUUAAUUGCUCAUCAAGAUGCCAAAAUUACUGCAAAGCAACAAGGAGAGCACAAAAGUAAAGCUGGAAAAUCACAUAAAAAGAUGGCUACAUCUGCGGUGUGGCAAAGUGGGGCCACAGCUUGGAAUGUGGAGACAAAAACUAAUGAUAUAUCCGAGAGGGACUUUCCAUCACUACCUGCAGCAACUAAAAGAUCUUUUCAACCCAGGUAUAAAGCACCAAAAAGUGCCACAGUACUAAAAGAAGCUUGGAUCAGAGGAAAAUAAGUUCUUUGUAAAGAUGGGAUAAACUUUUGAUUGGCGUUUUGUUAUCUUUUUACUCAUAUGUGCUACCAUCUUGACCCUUUUCUGCUACAGUUAAGGUCUUUCUGGUAUUGUAGUUUAUUCUUCAGGAGUUUGGGUUUCCUCAAAGUUGAGAAGGCUAGAUCAGCUUAAAAUAAAACAAAUAACUUUGCAAUAA